UUAUGCCCCUGUACCUAUCAAACAACCAAAAAUAAAUCAGAACAAAUAAACACAAAACAUAGCCACAACCACCACCACCACACAAAAACACACACAGCAAACCUUCUCUCACCUCUGCCAGUGGCAUCACCACCUCCACCGUCGCCGCCACCACCAUGCCUUACAAUCACUACCACCGUCGCCCGUGGAACUCCUCACCGCCCUUCAUGAGCCCUCCACUUCUAAUCAUUCUUGUGCCUAUAAUCGCCAUAGCGCUGCUCUUCCUAGUCGUGCCGCCACUCCUCUCCGCCACCACCAACGUUCUCCGGCCAUCUUCCGUCGUCAAAAAGAGCUGGGACUCACUCAACAUCCUCCUCGUUGUGUUUGCUAUCCUCUGCGGCGUUUUCGCCAGGCGAAAUGACGACGAAUCGCCACCUCCAUACGACCCCGUCGUUUCGGAUCAAAACGCUGCGUUUCGUAAAAUGCCUUCUUCGGGAGAAAGAGAAAGAGAGGGAGAGGGAGAGGGAGAGGGAGAGAGAGAAGGAAGUGGUUAUGUUUCGCAGCAGUGGUUUGGGUUUGCAGGGGAGAGGAAGGGUUAUGAGACCCCUCCGAUCCAGGUUCAGUCACCGGCAACCGGCGUUACCCGGUUGAGAAGGAACAGCAGCUCAUAUCCAGAUCUAAGGAGCUGGGAAACCAGCGAUGACCGGUUCAGGUUUCGAUUCUAUGACGACUUUGAAAUCGACAAGCAGUUUCGCUCCCCCGCCAGGCAUCAGUUUGCCACCGUGGACCGACGCACGCGGUGGCCGGGACCAGACGAUGGAGAAGUUCACGAACUUCAUAUUAAAGAAAUUCCAGUUGAUACCUUCCAGACUAGCUCAUCUCCUCCAUCUCCGGAACCGCCCCCGAGAUCAUCGGCGCCCCCGACGCCUCCUCCUCCCCCGCCGCCGCCACCACCUCCUCCUCCGCCGGCGGAUACUCGUCGGAAGCCAAGACGAACACGAACAUAUGAGAAAGAAAACAGUGUUACUGAGAUAACCGAGCUCGACAAUGAUCGCAAGUUCACGAGUGUACGGUCUCCGCCGCUAUCUCCUUCGACGCCGCCCCCUCCUCCACCUCCGGCUCCGGUGAAGACGCGAUCGGAUCACAAGCGCGGUAAGAGCGAACAAAGGAAGAGCACCGUGAAGAGAGACAUAGCAACGGUUUGGGCUUCGGUACUCUCCAACCAGAGAAAGAGGAAGACAAAGCAGAAAACCAAGAACGAACACAAUCAAAAUUUCAAUCACAAUUACGAUAACGUUAUUGACGAGUUAACAAAUAGUUAUAUGAGACCACCACUGUCGCCUGCACCUGCGCCUCAAAAUCCAUUCAGUAUCUGCGCCACCGCCGCCACCACCUCCUCCUCCGUUGACAUCUUCACGGAGAUGGUCAAAAUGGAAGAAACCGAUCCCUCCUCCGCCACCUCCGCCUACACCUAUAACGACGAGGCAGUAUACGCCGGGAACCAGUCGCCGCUGAUUCCGGUUCCGCCCCCGCUUCCUCCGUUCAAAAUGCCGGCAAUGAAGUUCCUGGUCCGUGGCGAUUUUGUUAAAAUACAAUCAGAAACGAUUGAAACAACUGAUUCCGUUAUUAACCCCGUUACAGAUCGUAACGGCGAGGUGAGUGGGUCCGUUUUCUGUCCCAGCCCCGACGUUAACGUAAAGGCUUCAACGUUCAUUGCUAGGCUAAGAGGAGAAUGGAAGCUUGAGAAGCUCAAUUCCUUGAAGGAGAAAGGCAAUGGCUCAUUGCCUUUUAGAGGUUAAAACUUGUAAAAAGAUAAAUAAAUGAAAUUAAAUUAGGCUCUAGUUAUGGUAUUUUUAGUUCAGUUAUUAGAGCCUGAUAAAAAAGAAGAAUGUUUGGCUGUUUGCACUGUUUCUAGCUUGCUACUUUCAUAUGGGAGAGACUGCUAUGGUUGAUUGAGAUAACAUUUCGUUAUUAUGGUACUGAAAAUGCAUUAGUGUUUGCAUAACAGAUUUGUAUAGGAAGAAGAUCAGAUGAACUGGGCUCUGAUUGUAUUUUUUUUAACGUCCUAUUGGAGCCACUGGUAGAAGUUUGUACGUUUCUAUGAUAUGCUAUUGUGCACCCAACCGCUGAUUGUAAUAUUUUUUUCUUUCAAAUACCUUUUUUGGUCUAUUUUUGUCAUUGUCUCCCAUUGUUUUGGUCUUGGGAGUAAAAGUAUUGUAUUUUUGCUGAAUAUAAUAAAGUAUGGUUUUCUAGUGAA